CCGCAGAACGUGUACGAUGUAUUUCCCUGCGAUCCCAGUUGCCCCGAACCGCCGCAAGUCAGGUAUGCCGAAAGGAAGUUGCGAACCUGUUUCAAUGCUCCUGCUGCUGGCGGCCUUUGUGAUGGCAGCGGGCACAACUGUGCGAUUCGGCGCACUGACGGACGACCCUGUGGACCUAUCGGCGCUCAGACUGGCUGUGGAGUAUGUGAACGAGAACAAUCUCGUUCCCAGCGUCACGCUGGAGUACACCGAGAACUCCACGGACACCCUGGCGUUCUUCGACAUGAUCAGACAAGGUUGCGUCCAGGCGUCGAAAAGUAUCGUGGCCGUCAUCGGACCAAGACUGUCGUCACAGGUAAAGGCGACCAGUCCCGUGAGUUCGGGUCUCUCCCUGCCCCAGAUCGCGCCCGACGCCACCGACCCCACCCUGGACAACCUGAGACAGUUCCCCAUGCUACUGCGCAUGUCCUGGCCCGACAGCGUGCUUGGCGUGGCGCUGGUGGACCUGGUGGAACAUUUCGGCUGGGAUCACGUGAGCAUCUUCGUCUCAAACGACGACUACGGCACACACGGGUUGGUGGAGUUUCAGCUGAUCGCGGGGCGGAAGGGCUGGCGGGUCCACACCAUGCAGUCAUUCGACCCGACCGAAGAUCCGACCGACAUCGCCGUCACCACGCAACUGCAAGUUAUAAAAAACACGGGAGCCCGUAUCAUCGUGCUGCACUGCCUUGCGGGGUACGCGCAGCAGAUUCUGUACGAGGCCAGCUCGCUGGGAAUGACCGGGGCCGGAUGGGCAUGGGUAGUGAGCGACGGCAUCACCGGACUCGAUGCUCUGGGCGGUGGAGCGAACGGGACUGUGCCGGAGUACCUGCGGGGCCUGGUGGGCCCGAGGCCGCCCGCCAGUAACGGCUCGCACGGGGAGGCUUUCCUACAGAAGUGGAGCUCGGCAGAUCCGGCGGCUUACCCGGGAGCAGGGGGAGAUACUAUCGGGGUGAGAACCACCUGA